CCGAAGAAGAAGAAGAAGCACAAACAGGAAGAUGAAGAGGGCAGCUGAUGGCGACACGUCUUAGCAGGUUCUAUGCUCCGACUAAGGACCUCUGCAGAAGAAGAAAGCUGCUGUGAGAUUUCCCAGCUCAGACAAGCGGUGUUACAAAACGAUGACAGACUCCUCGAUGAGAUGCUCUGCCAAGAAGUCUACAAGAAGGUCAUCAACUGCAGAGGCGGCUGGGGCGUGGCGGGCACGCCUCUGCACGCCGCUGUGUCCAAGGGCCACUUCAGCUGUCUGCAGGUCCUGCUGGGCCACGGCGCCCUGGUAGACUGCGUGGACGUCAAGGCUCAGACCCCUCUCUUCGCGGCCGUCCGCGGGAAAUACCUGGACUGUGUCUUAGCGCUCCUCGGCGCCGGCGCCAACCCCAACGGGAACGCGUCCAACAACUGCUCCCCGGUGCUCACCGCCGCCCGGGAGGGCGAUGUAGAGAUACUGAAGCAGCUGCUGAAGCGCGGCGCGGAGGUGAACUCCCGCUCCAAGGUCUUGCUCUGGACGUCCAGCGCCAGGGUGUCCAGCGGGCCGCUGUACCUGGCCGCCGUUUACGGACACAUGGAGUGCUUCGAGCUGCUGCUCCUCUACGGGGCGGACCCGGAUUACAACUGCACAGACGCAAAGCUGCUGAGUUCUAUCAAGCAGCCCAAGACGGUGCUGGAGAUGUGCCUCAGGCACGGCUGCGGCGUGGAGUACAUCCAGCUGCUGAUCGACUUCGGCGCAAACGUCUACCUCCCUACGCUGAUCAUCGAGAAGUCCACGAAGCAGAACGAGGCCGUGGAGCUGCUCCUGCAGGAAAGAGGAAAUCCAAAGGCCUUGACUUCACAGUGCCGACUCUCCGUCCGAAGAUACCUCAAAAAGAUCGACAAGAUCCAGUGUAUCGACCAGCUGGACAUGCCAACAAGUCUCAUUAACUUCUUGCAACACAGGCCGGUCCCAGUCACGCAUCUGUAGCCCAGUGAGCUGGAGGCCCGUACUGUAAAUUCAUUAUUUAACUCUGUGAUUUAACUCUGUGAACCUUUUGUUUUAGAUUCGGUCUAUUCAUGUGCUGUUUUGUUAAGACAAAACAUUAAAUGUGUGGGGAUACGUGCUGUGUACCCGUGUGUUGUUAUUGGUACUCACCCUGAAGCUAUUGAAGGAAGCAGUUUCCUGGAGCUGCAGUUCUUCGUCACGUUUGUCACAAGUUAGUUCUCUUAGAAGAGCCGUUUGUCCUGUGAAAACUAACGAAUCAGGGUCAGCAUGCUCAACCCGCUCUAGGGCUCAUCCGAUUCCAAAUACAUGAAAUUAUCAGUAAACUUUUAAGGAAAUAUUUCACUUUUUUUAGGUUAACCACAGAGCUACAACAGGGGCUCUGCGCCAAAUGCCAACAUCAGCAUAAACACUCACCGGCCACUUUAUUAGGUACACCUUGAUAGUACCGGGUUGGACCCCCUUUUGCCUUCAGAACGGCCUU